AUGGGCGCGCCGGGCCGGGUCCUGCUGUGGCUGCAGCUGUUGGCCCUGACUCGGGCCGCCGACAAAGUCUGGGUUCCCAACACCAACUUUGAUGAUGCCACCAACUGGAGCCAGAACCGGACCCCAUGCGCAGGCGCUGCUGUUGAGUUCCCCGCGGACAAGACGGUGUCGGUCCUGGUGCGAGAAGGUCACAGCAUCUCAGACAUGCUCUUGCCGCUGGACGGGGAAUUCGUCCUGGCCCCGGGAGCUGGAUUCGGCGCCGCGGACGCCGGCUCGCGCCCGGACUGUGGCACAGGCGCCCGCGCGCGUUUCCUCGACCCCGACCGCUUCCUGUGGCUCGACCCGCUCCUGUGGCGCCCCGGGGACGCGGCGAGCGGCCUCUUCUCCGUGGACGCCGAGCGCGUGCCCUGCCUCCACGACGACGUCGUCUUUCCCUCCGACGCCUCCUUCCGGGUGGGCCUGGGCCCGGGCGCCGGCACCGUGCGCGUCCGCAGCGUCCAGGCGCUGGGCCAGACGUUCGCGCGCGAGGAAGACCUGGCGGCUUUCCUGGCGUCCCGCGCGGGCCGCCUGCGCUUCCACGGGCCGGGCGCUCUGAGCGUGGAUCCCGAGGCCUGCACGGACCCGUCGGGCUGCGUCUGCGGCAACGCCGAGGCGCAGCCGUGGAUCUGCGCCGCGCUACUUCAAUCCCUGGGUGGCGGCUGCCCCCAGGCCGCCUGCCUGGAGCCCCUCCGGCCCGAAGGGCAAUGCUGCGACCUCUGCGGAGCUGUCGUUUCGCUGACCCACGGCCCUGCCUUUGACCUGCAGCGGUACCGGGCGCGGCUGCUGCACGCCUUCCUGUCUCUGCCCCAGUACCAAGGGCUGCAAGUGGCCGUGUCCAAGGUCCCGCGCCCGCCCAGGCUCCGCGAAGCCUCAGGCGCGAAGGCGGACACAGAGAUCCAGGUGGUGCUGGUGGAGGCCGGGCCCGAGACCGGCAGCGUGGGGCGCCUGGCCCGGGCCCUCCUGGCGGACAUCGCGGAGCACGGCGAGGCCCUCGGAAUCCUCUCGGCGACUGCUCGAGAGUCGGGCGCGCCUGUCUGGGGCGGCUCGGCGGCGGGACUGAACGCGCCGGCGCGCGCGGGGCUGGCGGGCGGCUUGGCGGCCGCCGGGCUCCUGGUGCUGCUGGCGCUGCUGGCGGGGGCGCUGCUGCUGCGCCGCGAGGGGAGGCUCAGGUUCGCGGGGCUCGGGGACGCGGGGCGGGGGAUCGGGGCUCGGGUGUGUCGGGCUCACACUCGUCCCUGCUCCAGGUGGAGGAGGCGCGACGAGGCGCGGGCCGCGGCGCCGCUGGGCUUCCACAACCCGGUGUUCUACGCGGCGGACUCCGCAGAGGCGCUCCCGACCCCGAAGUCGGACCAAAGGAGCUCCAGCCGCAGCUACUUCCUUAAUCCGCUGUUUGACGAAGCGGAGGCCGAGGCCUGA